AUGUCCACUCCAUCGACCGGCCGGACGCCGGACAAGAAGAAAAAACCGUUGCCCUACUUCAUGCAAAAGUCGGAAGACCAAGCACUGCCCUCAUUCCAGAACCGCCGUACGCUGGCAGACCACGUCAAGGAUAAUAUGCUGUGCGCCGGAAGAAAAAACUACUUCCAGCGCAUUGUCUACGUUGGCCGGCAUCCGAAAGUGACCGGGAUGACACUGCGCGAUCGGUUCCUAAAGCUCAUCAAAGAGAUCCAAGAAGCAACAACCAACGAGAUCAAACUGUUCGGAUUGAUGAUCAACUUCGAUGGUUACACGGUGCACAUGAUCGAGAGUGCCGAGGAGACGAUCGGAGAGUACAUGCAGCACCUAGCAAAGACCAGUGGACUGUUUGAUGCGAGUCGCGUUAUCCUGGUGUACAACAACAUUAACCAACGGUUCUUCCGGAAGCUGGUAUGGCGUGCGUCCGAUUAUCUGAACGAACUGAAGCGCACCGAGCUGGACGAACGGGAUCCCCAGUUGAUGCAGAACACCAUCAACAGCUUCAUGGUGAAGGUCUACAAAUUGUGCAAGAUGGUGCGCGAGGAGGAACUCGAUGAAAGAUCUGCCUUCAAAUCGCUCUACCUCGACGAAAACUACGAAGAGCAUACACCGGACAUCGCCAUCCUAGAGUAUCUGCUAGGACUGGACUGCCUUUUCACGGUCCCGGAGUACGCACGGUUCUACGGCAAGCUACCCGACGUGACGAGCUUCCGUGAUCGCGUAUGGCCCAUUCCAAAGGAUCUCACACCGUACGAUGUCUUCGAAAAGAGCAAGUACGACGUCAAUUUAACAUUCGGAGGCAAAUAG